CCUUCUGUUUUCAGUGACAGCGUGCAAGGUGGGUUGAGCCGUGUUGCUGGGAUGCGUGACCUUUGACUUCCACGGAGUGGGAGAGCUCCGGCAGCCUCCAGGAAUUGUGCGGAAUAAUGAGAGAAAGGGAGCCGCGGCAGCACCAGCACUACCGAAAGCGCACAGAGCAGCUCCAGCCUUAGAAAGCAACACAGCCACGCUUCAGGACCCAUUUCACACGCUCAACAUUCACAUUUUCCCACUUCUCUGCCCCCUCCUCUUCUUGUUUUCUCCCCCCACCAUCUCUGACACAUUCAGCUUUCCCCAGCACCAUCCACCUACAUAUCGGAUUAAGAGCUGCACCUACAUUAUUAUUUUGAUAUUUCACUCAUUCAAAAUCAAGCCAACUAUUUUUUAAUAAAGCUUGCAAACAUGAUGGCGGCAGCUCCCAUCCAGCAGAACGGAAACCACACCGGGGUGCCCAUAGACCUGGACCCGCCGGAUUCCAGAAAGCGACCGCUGGAAGCACCGCCUGAAGCAGGCAGCACCAAGAGAACAAACACUGGCGAAGACGGUCAGUUUUUCUUAAAAGUCCUAAUACCUAGUUAUGCUGCUGGAUCUAUAAUUGGGAAAGGAGGACAGACUAUUGUUCAGUUACAGAAAGAGACCGGGGCCACCAUCAAACUAUCUAAAUCCAAAGAUUUUUACCCAGGUACUUACGUCAGUUUUAUGGGCUCUGCAGGUACCACGGAACGGGUAUGUCUGAUCCAGGGAACAGUUGAAGCAUUAAAUGCAGUCCAUGGCUUCAUUGCCGAGAAGAUUCGGGAAAUGCCUCAGAAUGUAGCAAAGACAGAGCCUGUCAGCAUCCUGCAGCCCCAGACCACCGUUAACCCAGAUCGCAUCAAACAGACAUUGCCAUCUUCCCCAACUACCACCAAGUCCUCUCCAUCCGAUCCCAUGACCACCUCCAGAGCCAAUCAGGUGAAGAUAAUAGUCCCCAACAGCACAGCAGGUUUGAUUAUUGGAAAGGGUGGUGCAACAGUGAAAGCUAUAAUGGAGCAAUCAGGAGCUUGGGUACAGCUCUCUCAAAAACCUGAUGGGAUAAACCUGCAGGAGAGAGUAGUUACAGUGAGUGGUGAACCAGAGCAGAACUGCAAAGCUGUGGAACUCAUCAUCCAAAAGAUACAAGAAGAUCCCCAAAGUGGCAGCUGUCUCAAUAUCAGUUAUGCCAAUGUCACUGGUCCAGUGGCCAACUCCAACCCAACAGGCUCUCCUUACGCAAAUACUGCUGAAGUGUUACCCACUGCUGCAGCUGCUGCGGGGCUGCUAGGACAUGCUAACCUUGCUGGAGUUGCAGCAUUCCCAGCAGUUUUAUCCGGCUUCAACGGGAACGAUCUGGUGGCCAUCACCUCUGCACUCAACACUUUAGCCAGCUAUGGAUAUAAUCUCAACACAUUAGGGUUGGGUCUAAGCCAAGCUGCAGCCACUGGGGCGCUGGCUGCAGCUGCUGCAAGUGCAAACCCAGCUGCAGCAGCGGCAGCAAACUUGAUCGCCACCUAUGCAAGUGAAGCCUCUGGCGGCGGCGGCACUGCUGGUGGUGCGGCAGGCCCAUUCGCGUUAGGUAGCUUGGCAGCUGCCACUGCUGCAACAAAUGGAUAUUUUGGUGCCGCUUCUCCACUUGCAGCUAGUGCCAUCCUGGGAACAGAGAAAACUACAGACGGAUCGAAAGAUGUAGUUGAAAUAGCCGUGCCAGAAAACCUAGUCGGUGCAAUACUCGGCAAAGGAGGAAAAACGUUGGUGGAAUACCAGGAAUUGACUGGUGCAAGGAUACAGAUCUCAAAAAAGGGAGAAUUUGUACCUGGCACGAGAAACCGGAAGGUGACGAUCACAGGAACACCAGCUGCUACACAGGCUGCACAGUAUUUAAUAACACAGCGGAUCACGUACGAGCAAGGGGUUCGGGCUGCUAACCCUCAAAAAAUCAAAAUGGCUUCGGGAAGCAAGAUAUUUGAAAGGCAGGUAUGGCGUCAGCUUUCUCCAAACUAUUUUUAUAUGUAGCGGUAAGAAUGAUCACUGUGAAUGAGUACUGGGGGGAAAAAAACAGGACAAUUCAUCAUUAUAAUAUAUCGAAAAGACAGAACCUAUGAAACAUCUUCAGCAAAUCAAAAGGAGAGACAUAGCAAUUUAAUAUCUGCAUGCAUGGUUCUGUGCAAAGACUGCAAGACUAAAUAUAAUGGAAAAAUAAGUAUGGGAUUUGCACAUGUAAGGUUUUACGACUUUGCUGUUACUGUUGGUAAAAUUUUAAAAAAAGCUACAUCACCAAUCGAUGAGAAGGAAGAUCUAUUGUUAAGGAAAGAAGAAAAGAAGAACCAAAGAGCCUUACAAGUAGUGAAAGGGGAUUUCCCCGGUGAAAAGAGAACUUUUCAAGGAGAGCACUUCUAAGAAGCAAUGUUUUUUGGGAAAUAAUUAUUUUAAAUGUACAAGUAUUGCAUUUAAAGCAUUAUAGGAGUAGUCAGGAUAAACAGCUAUGAAAAAAUUAUUGAAAACAUUCGUAGCAACCUUAAUGUGUUACAGAAUACCAUGCAGUGUUUAGAAGAAACCAUUGCUGCUUUAUCCUGUGUUUUUACAUUUUUCAACAUAAACCUGAUUUUAUUCAUGAGUUUUAAAUCAGCUGGACAUACAUUGGUCUGUUUCUCCUUUAGCAUCAUAGUGCCUAACAGAAACUAUCUUUGUCCUAUUGAAUGCUCUUGAGUGAAAGUUGAUUUUUGCCUCAUGAUGACAGUAAAGCUAUCAAAACAACUGAAGUUAAGAUUAAAAAACAAAAUCUUUGUGACCACACCGGAAAAAGUAAUGCAUUUCUUGUAAACACUGCAGGGUGUUCUGUAAAACUUUAAUUAAAUUGAGAUUGAAUACAGCUGGUGUGUGGUUUAUUUGGAACUGAAAUCAUAACAAAUGUUGUUAUCCAAAGGAAAAGUAUUAACCACGAUAUUAACAUCAAUGAAUCCAGUGAUACCAAGGAUAUGUUGUAAUUCUUUUUAGGCUCAAAAUAUACAUAUGCCUUCCUGUUGCAGUAAUAUGGAUCAUCUCACAUUUUAGCAAUAUGAAAAGAUAGAAAAAAAAAACUACCAAUUAUUAAUUUCACAAAUAUGUAUAUUGAUACACACAUAGCCACAGUAUAUUGAUUUUUGAAAUUCACUUUUGAAAUUCAAUGUAGUAAACUACAGUUAUUACAGUCAAAACUUUUGAUUAUAUAUGCGAAUGGAGAAGCCAGCUUUUCUUCUUGGGAAAUCAACAAACUAAUGAAUAGGCUUGUUUUGGUUUCCUUUAAUAUCUGCUGCAAAAAAAAAAUCUUAACUCAGAAAAUUGUUGGAUCUGACACACCUAGAAAAUAACACCUCAUUUUAUUUUCUCUUGAAAAAGUCUUAUUAGUGUUACUGACAUAAGAUUGGUAUGGGGAGUAAUAAUGUGAGGCUCUGUACAAAAGAAAAUCAAGCAGAUGCUGCUAUAAAUAGUAAAGUGGGAUGUGCAUCCUAAUUUAUAAUUACAUCUCCAACUGUAUUUAUUAAUGCCAUUUUUUUUGUUUUCCAAAAAUGUUCUUAGGGUUUUCUUUAUAGUUUUACUCACCAUGUGCGAGGGAAUUACUUAUCAGUUAAAUGAGUGCUAAUUAGGUGGGAAGCAAAUGGAGAGACUUUAGAUAUUGGCUUUGAAAACACAUCACAUACCAGCAACACUGCCAUUUCCUUUCACACUUCACUACAAAUGAGAAGAGGGUGUGCUCUAUAUAUUUAAAUGAAACAAAUCCUACACUGAGGUGCAAUUCUUCACAAUGGUUAAUACAGGAAAACCUGGUUGGUGAUUAAAAGCUGGUGGCGUGAGGUAAUAAUUUGCAGUGCACGCAGGUUUGAUUUCAACACCCUGCAGUAUGGAGAGACAAGCCACAAAAUAAUGCAUCUUGGAUCCUGCAGUAAUGAAGGUGUAUUGAACUACAUGGCACCAGCAUGAGCGUGGUUGCAGAUUACAGUAUGUGAAGCCAAUACUGGCCGUUUCAUUGUUUCAAUGUGCUGCCUCGGUUGUUUGCCAUGCGAUUGUAUUAAGAACUCAUAUUGCUCACGUGUACAUCUAUUCUAGCAAUUCCUAUCUCCUGGCUUAAAACAGAAACUAUGGGCCCUAUUCACAAAACUUUAGGACAGCUUUAAGGCGUGUUUUUGACUUGUUAGUAAUAGUCUUGCGUAACCUAGCAUAGAAGCUUGGUCUUAUGGUAAGUGAGUGUGUGUAUGUGUGUGGGGUGGGAGUCAUUUAUGAAUCCUGACCACUGUCACAAAAUAGUCCAUACAACAGUCUUUACAGUUUCUGUACAUAUGGCCCAACAUAGUCAAAAUAUUUAAAAAGGCUUCCCUUCUGUAAUAGCCUACCUCAAACUGGUUUUAAGCAGCACUACUUAUACAAACGUACACUUUUCACUAAUUGUACAAAAACAUUCAGUGGGAAUUAUCCAUUUCAAUGACUUAAUCUUUUACAAUUUAUCUUAAUACCCCUGCAUAAAUGAAAGAUUAUUAUUAUUAUUUUUUAAAUAUUAUUACAUAACUGUUUUUGGACUCAAGGGAAAAUUAAAAAGACAAAUAGACUAAUUCAAAUAUUGUAGGAAUCCCUUAAUUAAUACUUAAGGGGUUGAUUGAAAUUUAAGAAGCAUGCUUGCCAAUAAUCAGGAUAUAUUCACUUAAUCUUUAUGAAGAUUGUAAGGGAUUGUUCAUUAUUGAAUUUCAGCAAGUUGAGUAAACUGGAAACUGGUGUUGCAGUAAGACUGUUCUACAGCCAUAGGUCCCUAGUUUGGGACAAAUAAUUUCUAGUUCUGCUUAGAAGCAGGUACUUAGCUUUAGGAGUUAAACAUAAGCUUUUAUUUUACAUUAACCACCACUCAUCUUAAAUAGACA